UUCCUUCACUCGCAGCGACCGUGCUCUGGUAGUGCCCAUCUCUCCUCCACACGUACCACCUUCCUUCACAUGGCGGCUGAACACCACAGAGACAGGGGCGUCCUAGGCGGCGGCGGCGCCUUCGCCGACCGCAGUGGCCAGGGCGGCUACGGCGGCGACCACCACGACCAGCAGAAGCAGCCCGCGAUGAUGUGCGCCCUGAAGGCCGCGACGGCGGCCACGGCCGCCGGGUCGUUGCUUGUGCUGUCCGGGCUGAUCCUGGCCGGCACCGUCAUCGCGCUCACCGUGGCGACGCCCGUGCUGGUCAUCUUCAGCCCGGUGCUGGUGCCGGCGGCCAUCGCCCUGGCGCUCAUGUCCGCCGGCUUCGUCACGUCCGGCGGGCUGGGCGUGGCUGCGCUGUCCGUGUUCUCGUGGAUGUACAAGUACCUCACCGGCAAGCACCCGCCGGGCGCCGACCAGCUGGACCACGCCAAGGCGCGGCUCGCGACCAAGGCCCGCGACAUCAAGGACGCCGCGCAGACCCGCAUCGACCAGGCGCAGGGGGCUUGAAGAGAGAGGUUCGUGCUCCGACGCGCGGCCGAUGCGUCGAUGGUGAACGGUGUAGCGCACGGUUGCGCGCGUUCAAUCGCCGCCGUGCCCGCCGCGCGAGCAAGUCGACGACGACGACGUUUACCGCCUGUUGUGUUAUCCGACCGAGUGCGUGUUUAGACUUUUGUUGCCAAGUAGUUGUUGUCCUACUACAGUAGUACCCUAGCAGUAUGUUUCCGUGGUCGGAAGUCGGGAGAGGUUCUGCAUGUUGGAUGUAUGCUGUCUGAGUUUGUGGUGAAUAAAUUGCCUGAGUCCGGGCGGAGUGUGUA